ACUUCAUAGGAAACAAACGGCAGAGCAGACGUGCUCUCACGGAUAUAUCCGCUUAAAUAAGCGAAGUGUUCGUGUUUAGUUUUUAUUUAUUUAAAGAUUCUCGCAAACUUCUGCAUUCCGUUUCUAUCUCGCACCGGGUGAGGUGGAUUCCAGCGCGCGCUCCUCUCCGCAGCCCUUCGUUCAUAUUCGGCUCUCGUCGUUCGUCGGAAGAAUGGACGAAGCGGACUCGGCCACGAAGGCACUCGGGCUUGUUGAACCGCCCAUCGGCAUUCGGUCGGUGGAGGGCUCGGAUACCGAAUCGGAGGCCGAAGUCACCACGAUGGCCGUGAUGGCCGAACCGGGAAACAUCGAAAUGGGAGCCGAAUCCCUGCCGAACUCAGACGAGGCCGAGGCAGCUUUCGCAGAGGUGGCGUCCGUGACGGUGGGAGACGUCCAAGCUGCAGAUGACAACGUUUUUACCACGACAGUUGCCACAUCAGGAAGUCUCCCUGAACACAUGCUGAGUGGGAGGACCACUCUGCAGCUUGGUGAAGGUCUUAGUACCCAGAAAGCCACUCUGAUCGUAGUUCACACUGAUGGAAGCAUUGUGGAAGCUACUGGCCUGAAGUCUGCUGCUUCCAUCUCAUCAAGCCCACAGACUCCACCCACCCCACUGACUCCCCCACAGGACAAAGAUUCUUGCUCCAAGUACAACUGGGACCCUUCGGUCUACAAUAACGAGCUGCCGGUCCGCUGCAGGAACACUAGUGGAGUCCUCUUCAAGAACCGACUGGGAUCAGGAGGUAAAGGUCGCUGCAUCAGACACAACCAGCAGUGGUUCACUCCCACUGAGUUCGAAGGUUUGGCAGGACGAGCGAGUAGCAAAGACUGGAAGAGGAGCAUCAGAUACGCUGGCAGACCUUUGCUCUGCCUCAUACAGGAGCGUAUCCUGAACCCCCACGCCGCCUCCUGUACCUGUGCAGCCUGCUGUGAUGACCUGUCAGGGUGCUCAAAGGAAGGAGAGUCUCUGGGAUCAGAAAGCAUCAGCAUGACUGGCCCAGUCCGCCUCUUUGUUCCCUAUAAGAGACGGAAGAAAGACACGGAUGCUCCAGUCACCCCACCUAAAAAGGAACUUCCUGUGUCAAAAAACAUAACGCUAACGCCGGGAACCACAUGUACGUCAGAUGAUUUAAUCACCGUGUCCCCGUCAGGACAGUUCACCACCUCCGGUACCCUGACCUUUGACCGAGCUCCUACAGGCGACGCCACUGCUGCCGCCGCCGCUGCUGCAGCCAUCAUCUCAGAGGGCUCAUCGCAGAGUGAGGUGUUCGCCAGCACAGCAGUGCUGACGGCAUUACCAGCUCUGGCUGUGGCCCCUCAGCCUGUUCAGGCCAAGAUGACCAUGCAGGCCACAGCUGCGGUGUCUCCGUCUUCGGGGUUGGUGAGCGGGCUGGAAGUGGGGCCUGUAGGGGGGGCGGGGCCUGUGGUAAGCGAGGGGCAGAAGAAUACCUGGCUGUACCUGGAAGAGCUGUCGAACACGCUGCUGAGCAACGUGCAGCAGCUGAAGGCUCUGAUCGAACAGGCCAAGAAUGCUGCGGGGGAGACUGCGAUCAUGAAAGGAACGGGAGGCAGGAAGGAGUGUGGUCUGAGUCAAACGUUUCCAAACCAGAUCUCGUUUCCACACCCGGAUGACUCAGAGGCCAAAAGAGGCUCUGAAAUCACAGAAAUCAUCAUCAACCAGAUGUGUGUGAACUGUGGUCGGGUGGCGAUGAGCGAGUGCACCGGCUGUCACAAAGUCAACUACUGCUCCGCCUUCUGUCAGAGGAAGGACUGGAAGGAUCAUCAGCACACCUGCUGUCAGUCAGCAGGGGGCGUCACAGUUCAAGAGGAGGAGCAAAUAACACCGAUGGACAUGGACAAAGUGAAGUGAAGGUGCAGCAGGCUCUGCCCUAUUUGAGAACCUGAUCAGUGUUUCAUCCAGAGAGGAACUCCCAGAAACACCUCCUCUAAAGACGUUUAAUCUGAAGGUUUCCUCUCAGACAGACAGGAGAUCUGAUGUCUGACUUCCUGAGAGAUGAACUUGUUAUUUAAAAACCAGACUGACUUUAGUUUAGUCUGCUGUUUUAUUACUGAAGCAGCUCUUAGUAGACCGUAGAGGAACUGCAGCUUAAUGCACCUUAUCAAGCAGGAUUACAGAAAAUGUUACCAAGAUUAGGGCUGCCACUUAAGGUCAGUAAUUAUUCAUUUAAAAUAAUUCUGUUUGUUCUCAUCUCAAUAAAUGUAUUAUAUUUUUUAAUCAA